AUGGACGCCUGGUUCGACGAGGCAGCGACGGCCAAAGAUCCGCAAAAGCACAUCAACGUCGUGCGCACCACCCGCGAAUUGCGCGUUGAAGUGAGCGGCGUGGAAGUGGCAAAGACGAACGCGCCGCGACUGCUCUUCGAGGGCGACCUCCCCGUGUACAUCUACAUCCGGAAGAGCGACGUUCAUAUGGAGCUUCUCAAGCAGACGGAGCACACUACGCGUUGCCCAUACAAGGGAAUCGCCAAUUACUAUACUUUGGAGCUGUCCAAUGGGGAGAAGAUCGACAAUAUGAUGUGGUGCUACGAGGAACCCAUAUCUGAAGAGGCUACGGGGAUCAAAGGACUUUUCUCGUUCUACGAUAGUAAAGCGAACCUGUAUCUCGACGGCGUUUUGCUGGCAAAGCCUGCAAAUCGCUGA